AUGCCGCCGGAGUCUUUCCGUGACGGAGUCGCAAAGAAAACCCUAGAUUUGUGGUCUGUUGGAUGCAUAGUUUUGGAGAUGUACACGGGUGUGAUUCCGUGGGAGGGUGUUGAACUCAAUGAUCUCACGACUCGUCUCCGUGAUGGUAAAGCUCCAGAGAUUCCGCAGAGUCUGCCUUGUGAUGCAAAAGAGUUUAUCGAAACUUGUUUCUCAAGGAAACCUGAAGAGAGAGGAAGCGCGUGUGAGCUAUUGCGUCACAGGUUUCUAAAAGGAGAUGAGAAGAUUAACACUGAAGAGAGAAGAAACUCGUUUCUGUUGAGGUUAAAGCUGAGAAUCAGACGAGCUUCCAAGAAACAGAGAGAUGUUUCAGAGAAGAAGAAGCCUCUGAAAUCCAAGAUUUUUGCUGCAAAGCCUCUACAGUUUAAAAGAACUCUGAACAAAAUUUUGAAGUUGAAGAUUAUGCCUAUGAAAACCUGCGGUUCCAAUUUGGUCUCUGUUCAUUAA